GUUACCUGAGAGCGACGAGAUUAAAGGACGCUGCUGGCGGCGUCCACUUUAAUCUACACAAACGAAAACAUCAUGGUUGAACAAACAAGACAGCCAAGUCGUGCCGUGUCCCUCCAGGCUGGACCUGGUGAGGUGGACUCUGACACCCUGUUUGACGUGAACCUCAGGGUUAAUGACAGGGCUGCACGGACCUUUGGGCGCCAUUUGGCUGUAAUUGGAGACCAGCUGGACCGGGAGUGGACGAGCAGACAGCGGCACAGAUUACCAACUCCUCUUCACAUGUUGAGACCCGCUCAGGCACUGACCAGGACCAUAUAUCGGGAUAUCCACACCCAGUUACUGGGCUUCCAGGGCCUGUCUGCUGCAGUGAAGGCCUGGAUAACGAGCACCGCACCUGGGCAGGGGAUCCUCAGAGCUGAGGCCUGGGCAGCCUGGGUGCCCAAUUUGAAACCAGUGACCUGCACUGGCUGGACCAGAAGAGCACUGGUGGCGCUGGUGGCCGCAGUGACCAUUUUCGGUGCACUGUGGGUGGAAUGGAGAGCCUAAAAAAGGCCAUGAGCAGGUCUUUCAGGCCAUUUUAUAUUUGACAUUUUUUUCAAAAUGAUAGUUUUUGCUAACUGAUUUGUUUCUGCAGUUUACGUUAAGUUUGCUUUUUUAAAAUAUUAUUUUAAUAAUGUACUGAAGUUGACACGGCCCCUAAAGUCCCGAAAGGUGAUAUUUUGUAUUUUGUGUGCAAAAGUUAUUAUCUUGUGGAAACUUAAGUGUCAUGUAGGAACAAUAUAUUAUCUUGUGGGAACUAGUUAUUAUUUUGUGGGAACAAGUUGUUAACUUAUGUGCACAAGUUAAUUAUCUUGUGGGAACAAGUUAUUUUCUUGUGGAAGUUAUAUUGUGGGAACUGUGGAAGUUGUUAUCUUGAGGGUACAUGUCAUUGCCUUGUGGGAACAAGUUAUCUGGUGGGAACGAGUUGUUAACUUAUGUGCACAAGUUAAUUAUCUUGUGGGAACAAGUUAUUUUCUUGUGGAAGUUAUAUUGUGGGAACUAUGGAAGUUGUUAUCUUGAGGGUACACGUCAUUGCCUUAUGGGAACGAGUUAUCUGGUGGGAACAAGUUGUUAUCUUGUGCGCACAAGUUAACUAUCUUGUGGGAACUAGUUAUUUUGUGGGAACAAGUUGUUAACUUGUGUGCGCAAAUUAAUUAUCUUGUGGGAACGGUGGAAGUUGUUAUCUUGAGGGAACAAGUUAUUGUCAUAUGGGAACGAGUCAUAUGGUGGGAACAAGUUAUUUUGCAAAAGUUGUUAUCUUAUCUUGUGGGAACUAGUUAUUAUCUUGUGGGAAAAAGUUUUUAUUUUGUGGGAACAUGUUAUGUUCUGCUUACAGGUUCUAUCUUGCCAUUUAGGGUUAUUAUCUUUGCCCAAGUUAACUGACUUUUGGGAACAAGUAAUAAAAACUUUCGUGCACAACAUAAAAACCUUCCAGGACUUUAGGGGCUCUAAACACUAUAUGAAACAGAAGUAAAAAAAAAAAAAAGAUGUAAAAUUUGUGAAGGCAUAAGAAAAUUGUUUAAAUUGGUUUUACAGUGUUGCCCUGGGAGAUGGCCAGCGUAUUGUAGCAGUGACAUGUUGGUUCACAUUUGUAUUAAUGUAAAAAAACAUGUUACCAAUGACUGGACUGUUGCUGGCCUGCAGUCUUUUGUACCCAGAUUAGUUUCUUACUGGUUUAAGAGGCCAAAUUUUUAACAAACGAUAUGUAGCCGGGCUUAAUAUAAAAUGAAGAAGGCUGGACUUUCUGUUUCAGGUUUGCUCUUUCAUGUGAUGCAAAUAAAUGAAAUUCGCAAAAAUAAA